AUGAGGAGGUUUCUGAUCCGUAAUGAGGAGGUUUCUGAUCCAAACCACCAACAUAACGGAUCAGAGACCUCCUCGCUGCGGAUCAGAGACCUCCUCGCUGCGGAUCAGAGACCUCCUCGCUGCGGAUCAGAGACCUCCUCGCUGCGGAUCAGAGACCUCCUCGCUGCGGAUCAGAGACCUCCUCGCUGCGGAUCAGAAACCACCAACAUAACAGAUCAGAAACCUCCUCGCUGCGGAUCAGAAACCACCAACAUAACAGAUCAGAGACCUCCUCGCUGCGGAUCAGAAACCACCAACAUAACAGAUCAGAAACCUCCUCGCUGCGGAUCAGAAACCUCCUCGCUGCGGAUCAGAAACCUCCUCGCUGCGGAUCAGAGACCUCCUCGCUGCGGAUCAGAGACCUCCUCGCUUAGGAUCAGAGACCUCCUCGCUGCGGAUCAGAAACCUCCUCGCUGCGGAUCAGAGACCUCCUCGCUGCGGAUCAGAGACCUCCUCGCUGCGGAUCAGAGACCUCCUCGCUGCGGAUCAGAAACCACCAACAUAACAGAUCAGAAACCUCCUCGCUGCGGAUCAGAAACCACCAACAUAACAGAUCAGAGACCUCCUCGCUGCGGAUCAGAAACCACCAACAUAACAGAUCAGAAACCUCCUCGCUGCGGAUCAGAAACCUCCUCGCUGCGGAUCAGAGACCUCCUCGCUGCGGAUCAGAGACCUCCUCGCUGCGGAUCAGAGACCUCCUCGCUGCGGAUCAGAGACCUCCUCGCUGCGGAUCAGAAACCUCCUCGCUGCGGAUCAGAAACCUCCUCGCUGCGGAUCAGAAACCUCCUCGCUGCGGAUCAGAAACCUCCUCGCUGCGGAUCAGAGACCUCCUCAUUACGGAUCAGAGACCUCCUCAUUACGGAUCAGAGACCUCCUCAUUACGGAUCAGAGACCUCCUCAUUACGGAUCAGAGACCUCCUCAUUACGGAUCAGAGACCUCCUCAUUACGGAUCAGAGACCUCCUCAUUACGGAUCAGAGACCUCCUCAUUACGGAUCAGAGACCUCCUCAUUACGGAUCAGAAACCUCCUCACUGCGGAUCAGAAUUGAGUUCUUCUUGAAAUGUACUAACUACAUUUCCCAACAGCCCCUCUAUUUUCUCUGUCCGUCCCAGAUUCUAAAGAGACCCGAGUAUUUCGUGAAGUUUGGGAAGGUCCAUAAAGUAGUCAUCAACAACAGCACCUCAUACGCCGGCUCACAGGGUCCCAGUGCCAGUGCCUACGUCACUUACAUCCGCUCAGAAGACGCCCUCAGAGCAAUACAGUGUGUCAACAACCUAGUAGUAGACGGCAGAACACUGAAGGCUUCUCUAGGGACGACGAAAUACUGCAGCUACUUUCUGAAGAGCAUGGGGUGUCCCAAACCUGACUGCAUGUAUCUACACGAGCUGGGGGACGAUGCGGCCAGCUUCACUAAAGAGGAGAUGCAGGCAGGGAAACAUCAAGAGUAUGAGCAGAGGCUGUUACAGGAUCUGUACCAGAACCCCAGCUUUACCACCCAGACCUCAGGAGGGGAGACGACCAAGAGCUCUAAACCCAGCUGUUUGCAGAGAUCCAACAGUAACAACAGUCAAGGACAAGACGUGUGGCCAACGUUACAGCCCACGGGGAAGACGACCAAUGGUCUAUCGGAGCUCAGUAAGAGCCCGCCGCUGAAUGGCGGCGGCUUGGACUCUGAACACAGGACACCGGACGGACCAGAACGGGACAUUGGCCUGGGCUCUGUGACGGGCCUCUCGCCCUUCUCCUCAAGCCGUGACCCCCCAAGCCCCAGGGACGCUCUGCCAGACCUCACCAGGAGCAGGGAGACACAACACGGGGACUCCUCAGAACGUCACAACCUGCUCCCAGACAGUGACUCUCCGUCGCCCCCUGCUGUCCUCUCCGGCCCUCCUGGUUUCUCCAAAGCCAGCCAAGUGGUUCCCAUCAGUGUGACUACGCGGUCUCCCUUUCAGGGGGCCGCCGCCGAGUCCCAGUCUCUGUUCUCAGACAAUAGUAACUUCCGCCAUCCGAACCCCGUCCCCAGCAGCCUCCGUGGGUUCCCCAGCACCUCGCCACAUAACAACCACGACACCUGGCCCUCUGCACCCCAACCACACAGCCUCUUCACUUCAGAUUCCAUCCCAGUGUCGUCCUCAACAGACUGGCAGGCAGCCUUCGGCUUCGGCUCGUCCAAACAGCAGACGUCAGAAGAUGACCUGGGAUUCGAUCCUUUCGACAUCACCCGUAAAGCCCUGGAGGACCUGAUAGAGAAGGAGCUCAGCGUUCAGGACAGCCUCCCGUACAUCUCCCCAGGUCCCUUCCCCCCCCACCACCACUCACUCCUCUCCUCCGUAGCUGCUCCUGGUCCCCCUGGAGAGCUGAUACCUCGUAACCACUUCUUCUCUGGGCCCAACUCCGGGCUCUCUAGUAAUCACUGCUUCUCCCAGAUGCAUCAACAUCACCCUCCACAACGGGCUGUCUAUAACUCCUUCAGCUUCCCCGGACAGCCGCCUUCGUCCUCGUCUUCAUCACAGACCAGCCGCCACCCCUGGAUGACGUCUGCCCCGAACCGAAAUAACUUCACGACGCACUUCGGCGGCAACCGUACGUUGUCACAACACAGCAGCUUCCUGGACCUGAUGCUGCCCAGUACAGGGCUGGGAGGCAUCGCCACGACAGGUUUCCCAUUGUCAGCAGGCAACAGUUUUGCCUCCCUCCAGGAUGACAACCCCCCCCACUGGCUCCAGUCCCUUCAGGCCCUUACAGAGAUGGAUGGCCCGUCUAUCUCCAGCUCCACUGUGAACCCGAACCCCCAGCAGCCCAACUCACACAGCGGCCAGGUCCGUCCUCACCGCAGACCCAGCUGGGCCCCCUUCCCACCCCCAUCCACAGCCUCUCACAACCUCCACUCCCCACCUCCAGGCUUCCAGACUGCUUUCAGAUCCCCGGCUCAGACGCCCACAGAGCUGCUACAGAGCGCCGGCAUGGACCGCCACUAGGGGGGCGACGAUGUGAAGCGGACUAAUGAUUUCCGUCUUUAAAUCCCCCACAGAAACUUAAAAUGAAACUAAAUCGGAUGUAAUUAACAAACAAACAAAACAAUAUUAAGAGAUGUUGUUCUUCUUGGUGAGCUGGUUUUCUGAUCCUGUGUUCCGUCUUGGUUGUUUCAGUUGGUCUAUAGAGGCAAACUACUAUCUUUCUACACUCUCUGUCUACCUGGCCCUGUGCACCUGGCCCUAUCGGUCUCGGUCUGUCUGUCUACCUGGCCCUGUCUGUCUGUCUACCUGGCCCUGUGCACCUGACCCUGUCGGUCUCGGUCUGUCUGUAUACCUGGCCCUGUCUGUCUACCUGGCCCUGUCGGUCUCGGUCUGUCUGUCUACCUGGCCCUGUCUGUCUACCUGGCCCUGUGCACCUGGCCCUGUCGGUCUCGGUCUGUCUGUCUACCUGGCCCGGUCUGUCUACCUGGCCCUGUCUGUCUGUCUGUCUACCUGGCCCUGUCUGUCUACCUGGCCCUGUCUGUCUACCUGGCCCUGUCUGUCUACCUGGCCCUGUCUGUCUGUCUGUCUACCUGGCCCUGUCUGUCUGUCUGUCUACCUGGCCCUGUCUGUCUGUCUGUCUACCUGGCCCUGUCUGUCUACCUGGCCCUGUCUGUCUGUCUGUCUACCUGGCCCUGUCUGUCUACCUGGCCCUGUCUGUCUGUCUGUCUACCUGGCCCUGUCUGUCUACCUGGCCCUGUCUGUCUGUCUGUCUACCUGGCCCUGUCUGUCUGUCUACCUGGCCCUGUGCACCUGGCCCUGUCGGUCUCGGUCUGUCUGUCUACCUGGCCCUGUCUGUCUGUCUGUCUGUCUACCUGGCCCUGUCUGUCUGUCUACCUGGCCCUGUCUGUCUGUCUGUCUACCUGUCCCUGUCUGUCUGUCUACCUGGCCCUGUCUGUCUGUCUGUCUACCUGGCCCUGUUUGUCUGUCUACCUGGCCCUGUCUGUCUGUCUACCUGGCCCUGUGCACCUGGCCCUGUCGGUCUCGGUCUGUCUGUCUACCUGGCCCUGUCUGUCUGUCUACCUGGCCCUGUCUGUCUGUCUACCUGGCCCUGUCUGUCUGUCUACCUGGCCCUGUCUCUCUGUCUACCUGGCCCUGUCUGUCUGUCUACCUGGCCCUGUCUGUCUGUCUACCUGGCCCUGUCUGUCUGUCUACCUGGCCCUGUCUGUCUGUCUACCUGGCCCUGUCUGUCUGUCUACCUGGCCCUGUCUGUCUGUCUGUCUACCUGGCCCUGUCUGUCCAACCACAUCGUAACCGAUAACAGUUACCAGAUGUUCCCAGGUUUCUAUGGCAGCAUUAGGGACGGCACCAUCGGGAUUUGACGGCAAGCUAAAGAGGAGCAUUUGAAGAUGUCAAAACCGAGAUAUUGGCGAAUGAUCCAGAUAUUAAAAUAUUGUGUUUUAUCACAAAUAUAACUGAACGUGGGGGGAAAUAAAACCAUGUUUGAUGGAUGUGA